AUGUUGUCUUCUCUCCUUGAAAAGGUCUUCACGUUUUUCUUUUACCAAUCAAUUACUUGGCCCGAUGUGGCAUUAUUUAUUAUCAUAGCAUAUUUGUAUAUAGUUAAAGAACUUAUAAGAAUUCCCAUCGUUGGUAUGAAUUUUUAUCCUCCUCUUUCAAUUAAUUCGGGUCAUAAUUCUAAUGGUGAUGAUUUUUCUCCGCCAGAAGGUAUGGAUCCACAACGUUUCGCUACUCUUGAUUCCACGGAUACCGGUCAGACUGCUCAAGUAGCUACAGUGAGUCGGACAACUACACCGCCACCACCACCACCACCUCACCAAAACCAAACCCAAAUCCAGACACAGACACAGCAGCAGGGCUCUUCCGCGUCCAAUGGCGAGGGAUUCGCUCCACCUGUGGUGGCCGAAUACUGGUGCCACACUCAAGUUCGCGUCUCUAAACUUCGCUAUGUUUGGACUAUUUCUAACUUCUCGUUUUGCCGAGAGGAGCUUGGCGAAGUUGUGAAGAGCAGUGUCUUCUCUUCGGGACCUAACGAUAAACUCAAAUGGUGCCUCCGCAUUAAUCCCAAGGGUCUAGAUGAAGAAAGUCGUGAAUACCUCUCACUAUACCUUCUUCUCAUCAACUGUGGAUCAAAGAGUGAGGCCAGGGCCAAGUUCAAGUUUUCCAUUCUCAAUGCUAAACGCGAGGAGACUAAGGCUAUGGAGAGUCAAAGGGCAUAUCGUUUUGUUCAGGGCAAAGAUUGGGGUUUCAAAAAGUUCAUUCGUCGGGAUGUGCUUAUGGAUGAGGCCAGUGGACUUUUACCCAAUGAUCGUCUAACAAUAGUUUGUGAGAUCUCUGUUGUUGGUGACACCCUCUCUGAUAGUGGUCAAAUCAACAAUCAGCAAAUCGCCGUGCCAGAGUGUCGUCUGCACGAAGACAUCGGUUCCCUUCUGCUCAAACAGACCCUUACCGACGUGACCUUGGUGGUACUGUCUUCUCCCCCUACUCCAGCCUACCCGACUGUCGAUAAUUACCAAGCGCCCUCCUCACUGCCUCAAUCACUAACAGAUGUCAAGAGUGAUGAUAUUCUCACAGCCGAUGAUACUAUCACUGGUUGCAAAGAUUCCGAAGUUGCUCCAGAAGAUGCUAAUGCUGGAAAUCCCGAAGAUUCUACUGUUCCGUCCUCGAGAGAUUCGACUAUUGUUUCGGAGGAUGAAAACUCCCUCGAAAGCGUUCAAACUUUUAAUGAUGGGGAGAAUGAGGAGAGCGUCUCAUCGGAUAUUCCCAAUUGUCCCACGGAAGGGAACGAAGCGGUUAGAAAAGUCCCCCCUCAACAGACUAUUUCCUACUCAUUCGUUGGUGCGUCAGGUGAUCAGCACCAAAAACAAAUGCAAGCUGCGUCGUCUUCCUCUGCUGUACAGACUCAAUGCCAGUCGGAAGAAGGGUUUAUUUAUAAUGAAGAUUCCAACACACAGACUCGCCAGGCACCCCAAGUUUCGGGAGUUUCGAAUUCAAGUCUGGUAUCCACUACAGCAGCCAUCCAACUCUCUACCGCCUCGUCCUCCUCCGUUGCGGCUGGAGUCGUUGGCAGCACAACCUCGUCUACAGCUUGUCCUUCCACUUCCCUCUCCGCCACUUCCAAAUCUUCUACAUCUACCUCCACCCACCACCAAAACCAUCGUAGAUCAAACACCCCUACUCCCACAGACACUAAUACCGCUGAGGCAUUUGAGCUGAGACGGUUCAAAGCGCACAAGGCCAUUCUGGCUGCAAGAAGUCCUGUGUUUGCUGCGAUGUUUGAACACGGAAUGGCGGAGUCGAGAGCGAAUAAAGUCUACAUCACAGAUGUGGAACCGGACACGCUAGCUGAGGUGCUGAGAUUUAUUUACACUGGACGAGUUAUCGGUCUGGAUAAUCCGGUGGCGGCACAGGAAUUACUUGCGGCUGCAGAUAAGUACCAACUGGAGCGGUUAAAGGCCAUGUGCGAGGAGGAAUUGGUGUACCAUUUGACGGUGGAUUCAGCAUGUGAUAUCCUCUCCCUAGCUGACAUUCACUCCGCUGAACAACUCAAAACCCAUGCCCUUGACUUUAUCAUGCUACACGCUCAGGAAGUGUGCGAGUCGGAAGGCUACGACCGCCUUGUACGUCAUCGUCCCCAUCUCCUAAACGAGUGCUUUCGCGCCAUCGCCUGUCAACACAUGCCCCUCCGAUGUCCCUGUACUCUCCUCGGCGGCUGCAACGGCGCCAACCCAAACUCCACCUCCUCUUCCUCACGAAAACGACCUCGCCACUCCUAG